GAUGGGGCGAGAGAAGAGACACGGGAAAGAUGCGCACUUUGCGUGUUGAGAAAAUAAAAUUGUUCCUUCUCUUUUGCAUUAAAGUCAGUCUAGAUUUUUUUACAAUAGUUUUCUUAUCAAGUUUGAAACCCGAAAUGCCGUUUACAGUGCAGUGAUUAUUCGUAAUAAAAUAAAAAUGAAAACGUAGACAGGGUUAUGGGGUUCGGCUUGCGGUAAACGGAACUGAACAUUGUGAAGCCACGGUAAUUGUGAAUAUUCCGUGGAUGAUGUCGAAGAUGCGGCAAAGAAGACAUGUAUCAACGACGGAGGAGCUUUGUCUUUAUACAGCGUAUUUCGGCUAGAAUUUGUCAGUGAAACCGGUACAAAUGAGUGUUGAUAUAUGGCGGCGCGAGUAUUUUUGCUCAGCAUCUUACUUACAGAAGCUUUGAAAACCGCCAGCUUUGAAGGUGUAAAAGGAGUGAGCAUAAGUCACGGAGGAUUAAAUGUGUCAAAACCUGAAAUCUUAGAAUUGGAACGAAACGAAAGGCUAGGUGUUAUGGUGGAGGAAGAGCCCAAUGGCAGUAUUGUUGUUGGCCGAAGGGGAGCGAUUCUCAAUUGUUCCAUAGGGAAUAACCAAAAUGUAUCUUGGCUACGGAAUGGAUUAGCAGCGCCUCCGUGUGGUCUGGUACGAUGCAAACUGCGUAAUGGUUCUCUACACUUUCUAAAGAUGACACGAAAGAGUAAAGGACAAGAAAGCCACAAUAGUCCAAGUGAUAGAAUUCAAGCAUUGGAGUCUUACCGUUGUGUUACAAAAAAUGCUGCAGGUUCGCUAAGGUCCUCCCCUGCAUUUUUACAGAUUGCUGACUUAUCUCGAGAAUUUGACGAAUCGCCACAAGAUUUGAUCGUACACGAGGGGGAAGUAGCUAGAUUUUCUUGUUACAUCAGUAGCAUUCCAUUUCCACCAAACAUUACUUGGCAGCAUAAUGGACAGUUUUUGCCCUAUGUUCGUGGAAAAAAAUAUUUCUUGGUAUCACCAGGUGUUCUAUAUAUAAGUGCAACGAAUCUAUCUGAUGCUGGUUCAUACAGAUGUGUAGUAAAUAACAAGUUUUUAAAGAAGACUAGAAAAAGCAAAGAAGCGCAACUGCACGUUAUUCCAAAAAUACAAGAAAAGAGAUCAGAUGUACCUAUUAUCCUUUUUCCACAAAUUUCAAGUAGUUAUAAGCUCAUUGCUGGGUCUGAUCUGACGCUAGUGUGUGCCGCAUCAGGUUUUCCAACUCUUAUAACUUGGACAUUUGUUUCUCAGUUCCCAGAUGGUGCCGGUUACAAAGAGCCCCGUGUGCUCCUAAAUUCCACAGGCAGUGUAGCAGCGUUAAUGUUAGAAGAGCUUACCAUAGCGGAUGCGGGCAUUUAUGAUUGUUCUGUAAAAAACUCCAACGUGACCCUCCAAACUCAGAAUAUUACAAUAGACGUCCUAAUACCACCAACUUUUAUAAUGAAACCUAUCAAUCAAGUGCAGCCUAGUGGAAGAACAGCCCGGUUCGAAUGUCAAGCUGAAGGACGUCCUACGCCACAAAUUUACUGGCUUAAGGAUUCUGUCAAUAUCACUAUGAACCCUCGGGAAAAAACAUUCGUGAGCAACAAUAAUAAAGUGGGACUAGUAAUCUCAUCCACAGUUCCGUCCGAUGCUGGUAUAUACCAGUGUGUCGCGGUGAAUGUUGCUGGAGAAAUUUGGGCUGCUGGUAGGCUCCAGGUCACCAAGUCACCGCAACGCCCCCCUAUUCCUACGUCUUUGCAUUGUCACGCCUUGUCACCAGAUAUAAUUCAUCUAUCUUGGAAAAUACCACAAACAAUGCCGUUCCCUAAUGUUGAUUCGUAUUUCACCGUUCACUAUGCUCUUGCAGAACCAGGCAGCCGAGAAGACAUUGCCUUACCCGAACCAAAUUCAACAGUCGUUGAAGUUAAAUCGCUGAUGCCGUUUACUAAUUAUACAAUGUAUGUCCGAACAUGGAACACAUAUGGAUCUAGCGAACAAUCGGCUUCUGUUAAUUGUGCAACUGCUGCAAGUGGUAUGGGAACAAAUGAUGCAAGGCUAAAUUUUUCGAAUAAAUUUGUUCCUAUAGCCGCUCCAAUGACAAAAGUCAAAGUGAUUAGUCCUACAAAACUUGAAGUAUCAUGGGCACCACUAAAUAAGACAGAGGCACGAGGAUUUAUCCUGGAAUAUAAAUUACAAUGGAGGCUUCAACAUCAUCCCUCGUCCAGGGUUCUCCGUCUCCCAUCAGCUGUUAACCAAUAUACUCUCACUAAUUUGGUUCCUGGCAAAUCUUAUGAGAUUCGAGUCUUAGCUCGAACAGAGCAAGGCUGGCCUAAUGUUAGUGAUUCACAAUUCGGGUGGACCAAUGCUUUGAUGCCCUCAACUAACUCCAGCAAACUCCCGCCGACAGAUUUAUUGAAUCUCAAUGUGGCAAACAUCAACUCAUCAACUGUUAAGCUAAGUUGGAAUAUGAAUGGUGAAACACAAGGGUGGCCAGACGACUUUGAUUUGUGGCAGUUAUACUAUCAGAAUGUAGUCGGAAAAAAUCUGACGACUACUUAUCUGCCUAAGAAUUGUACAGAGUACAUACUUACAGACCUUGAAGCUGAUGCAUCGUAUGACAUCGGAUUGUGUAUGAUCAGUUCUGGGAAAUUAUUGGAAUGUUUUCAAAUGUAUUUGGAUUCGAAAAGGCUUAUCGAAGAUCAUACUCUGACUAAUCUGGAAGGGGUUCCUGUUUCAUCCACUGCUAUAAAUGUAACUUGGUCUGCUGCCCCUUCUCACAUAGAUUAUUGCUACGAAGUGUGUUAUAACACUUUCCACCCCACAAUUCCGGAACCAUUGCAGUGUUUCAAUACCACAAAUAUGACGAUGACAGUGCGUCAUCUAAAACCGUUUACAAUAUAUCAAUUCAAAGUCAGAGUCCUGUAUAACACAAGCGAACGAGUUGGUUUGUACAGCAAAGAUAUGGAGUGUCGGACAAAUCAGGAUAUUCCAGGUACCGUUAGAGAGAUAAAAUGGUUUCUAUCCAACAUUACUGAGGUUGGUAUUACGUGGAAACCGCCAAGUAAAACAAAUGGAGUAAUACGCAACUACACUAUUUUCUACACAACUGAUCCUUUCGCUACACCCUUGAAAUAUUGGGCAAAUAUAACUGUACCUGGUGCAAAUACAACUGCGAAAUUGCCACGCCUUAUCCCGAGUACGCGAUACUUUGUAGAAGUACGAGCUGCUACCGAUGCUGGAUAUGGAAAAUCCUCGGAUAGAAUCAUUUUCCACACAGGUGAUGUUCCAAAGAAUUCUACAGAUCCUUUAUAUGGGGGUAGUCCGUCUCCCACUCUAGGAACAGAUCAAAGUUUUGGAAUCAUUGUUGGUGUAAGCAUAAGCACCUGUUUUAUUGUUAUUUGCCUGAGCAGUAUAUAUUUUCGAAAAAAGUGGGAAAAUACACAAUCACCCCAGGAAAGUUUACAGUCGUUGAAGGAUCGUGGUAUAUUACGCAAUGGAAAUGGCCGCUGUGCAGAGAGAAAUACAAUUGGCGGCAACCAACAUGCAUGUACAGCGUCGACUAUGAAUGACAUUGAACUAACCACCCUAUGUCCACCCUCCCCUAAAUCCGCAAAUUCUCAUAUAGAUACUAAGGGCGGUUGUUCUAACGGCAUUGUUGAAUGUUGCAUGAAAGAUUCCCUUUUGACAGUUUGGAAUAUGAACGAUGAUAGUAAAGAUCUAGACAUUACCAUAAAUCCUCAGUUUGACAGAAAGGGCAGCACCAGCUCGCAUCAACAGCCUCAGCAGGAUCUAGAUCGCACAAGGAUUACGAUGUUAAAUUCUGCAGCGGCAAGCAGCUGUAGCAGCUUAAAUAAUAAUUUUGAAUGUUUGGAAAACUUGUUGUCUCUACAACAAGUGCCAUCAACGUCAGUUCCUGUCGUUGCUCCCAAUGGGUGAGAACACCUUCAUACCUUUAACAAAUGACGUAUUCCGUGCUUCUGGAAUAAUCAUCAGGUCAUAAUAAUGAGAAUGCUCGUGUUACUCCAAAUCGCCAUUGGGCUGGCUUCGAAUCGAUAUAAUAAAUGUGAGUAUGCAGGUUAUACGCUCUGAAGAGACGAUCUUUGAUACUAUUGAAUGAAGGAUGACGUGAAGUUGUUUAGUAAGCUAAGAAAAGAACGAUUUAGUAUUGUACCAUUAAUAUAUAGUAUCGAAUUGCAUAGGUGCCUGAGUUACUAUAGUACUGGCUAUGUAAAUAUUAUUCGAUGUAUUAUAAGUGUUUCACUGACCAGUUACUAAAAUGAAAUCACACAUCAACAAUUAGCCCAGCUACACAUACAGUACAGUUACACAUACUUUCUGAUAUUGAUCAUGGAAAAUGAUUUUGACCACAUGGUAUUUGCUCAUAUUUAAUAGAUUAUUAUGAUGCGAUUGUUUGUUCGAAAAAAAUAAUUUCAAAACGCGAAUCUUUUUGACAAUGAAAUAUUGAUAAUAUUAAUAUAUAUUAGAUUUCGUUAUUUAAUAAUGUAUGUAAAUAUUAACACUUAUAUUAGACCUUUUUUUUUGUUUUCUAUACGAUGCAGAUACAUUUGACAAAGGAACUGUUUACACUAACAUUUAGUUUUCGGAAUUCUCUCAAACGCAGAAACACACACAAUAAAAAUGUGUACGAUGUUACUACUUAUUCGGUAACAAUCACGACAAUACUACCUAAUUGUGCAGGCAUUCCAUUAGCAUUCUUAAGUAAACUCUUACCUUUAGUCUUUAUUUCGAUACUAAUUUAAUAGUGACAGAGCUAUUUCUUGACUCUCGAGAAAGACUGUAGUUAUCCGACAAGACUGAACUUAUUGAAGGAGUUUCAGACACAUUUGAAACAAAUUUUCUAAAUAUUUGUUACCAAUUUAAAAAGCUUACAGACUGAAGUAUCGGCUGCGAAUCCUCAUUCAUGUUGAGGAAGGCUGACGAUUUCCGCUUGGAAACUUUAUUUCUUCAUUUCUUGCAUGUCACUUUGAGAGAAUAAUUACAAGUUCAACUGCAAGGAGUAAUAAAUAUUAAAUUUAUUAUUUAAUUAGCAGCUAUUCUAUCAGUUUCAAAUUUGGUUUAAACCCUGUGACUUUUUUUUUUCAUAAGUCAUACAAUAUUCUCACAUCAAGUUUUUGAUGUGUAGUGAACAACUUCGACAGUUGUGUUGUUGUACACUUCACGAAUGAAACUAAUAAUUGCUUACAUACUAAUAUAUUAAUUUACAAUGAUGCGCAGGAACAGCUAGUAUGGAAAUGAAUUGAGAAAUUUUUUAAUUUAGAUUAUUGCUUUGCCUUUCUUUCGAGAUCAAUAUUGUCAGGCUUGAAUAUUGUUUAUAUCGUACUCGAAAAAUAAAUGGUCAGUUCAGCUGUAUUUCGAUAUCAGAGAUGUGUUCAGAAAUGUGUUCACGGUGGUAGGACGGAAUGUUACCACGUAACCUGUAGUGUCGAGUGAUGUAUGUGCCUGAUAAUGCUGAAGAAAUCGAGACUGCUGACUAUUAAUAUCUUUCAGGACUUGAGGUAUCGAUAAAAUGAUGCUACAUAUGGACAGCUUUAUGGGCUUUUGAGUACGAAAGUAUAUCUUGUUGGCAAAAAUGUGAAUUUCGCGUAUUUCAGUCAACCUUCUCAUGGGAAAUGUGAACCUUACGAUACACUAUAGGGGAACACUUUGCUGUUCCUAGAUGAUAGUGGAAUAAACUUUGUUACGAACGUUUAGUCUUGAAGACAUUUCGGUCAGUUUGGUCUCGCUGGUGAUGUUUCUGAACACUUCUCUGGGGUAUAAUUUAUAGUACAUUAUUACAAGUUCGAUUGAAGUGUAUAAUGUAUUACUGAUUCGUUUCACAUGAUGAAAGUAUGAAUUUUAUAUGGCAACUGCAUCUGGAUAACUCAAUACAAUAUCAAACGAAUUCAUAAAUUUAAUGAUAUAAUCGGUGUAAUGUUUUAAGUAAAAGUUUUGAUAGAGUUAUUUUGGAUAUGGUUGAUAACUUGAUUGAAAAGAAUCAAAAUAGGAUCAUACAUCGUUGCUUAGUACUCGGAUUAUUGCAUUAAUUUAAUGCAACUUCGCCAAUUUACAUAUUUCUUUACCUGUAAGCAUUAGCUUGUGGAUAUUUUCAUAGAGCAAACAUAACAGAUAAUAUUAUAAGAGGAUAGGUAGUGAAUGUUGAAUUUUUACAGCAUUUCUACUUAAGUGUAUACAAGCAUUUACAUUUUAUACUAAACAUUCUUGAUUGUAUUCUAUUCAAUAUGGUUAUACCGACAGUUUGAUAUUCUUUUUGUUAGUUUUCUAAACAAAACGAGCUACUGAAUCAUUUGAUGAUCAUUUUCCAAUAUUAAUCUCACUUUAUUUAAGACAGAACUUAUUGCGAAUACAAAACAUACAGUCAAUACAGCACUCAUACAGAAUGGUGCACGUUACCAUGACAGAAGAACCCAACGCAGUACCUGAUAGACUAAGUUGUAUCGUUUAGAGUGAGUGAGACGUAGGCAUGUCAAUGUUAUUGCUGUUCCUCUAUUAACUGCUAUUUAUUUCUUUAUACAUUCAAUAAUAUUUUAGCUUAUCAUCAACAUGAACUAUGCGAUAAUGUUGACUAGUAGGCGUUGACUGAAGAUAUAUGAAAACCGCUAGUCCUAUGGACUUUGACGAGCUGAUAAGCGGACCUAAAGAGCCAGAGGAAAUUUCGGUUACUUUGCUAUGAUAACUUGAUUUUACAUUGGGAUUUUCCAAGUCGAGUCAGUAAUUGCAACGUAGUAGAAUUACCCACUGUGCCUACUCGGCACCAAGCAUUCCAUCACGAAAAAUAACCCAAGCCUAGCAUUGUUUGUAAAUCUUCAGUCGACGUAAUAGGUAUGCACGAAAUCUAAUGUCAUAAAUCUAAUUACCAGUCAGAAACAAGAUGGCACUUCAAGACCGUUAAAAAUUUUUUGCCAUGAUGCUGAUGAAUCAAUGCACAGCUCAACUAUUUAGUGCAAACGUAUUCCGGAUAAAUGUUUGGCAGUUGUUUAAAAGCUAUUUGAAAUUUUCAAGGGACUCCGCUAGUUUUAUUGUGAACUAAUUAGAUAUUAAUCUUGAUACAGUGAUGUUGGAAAAAUUUGUUUUGACUAAUCCAAUACUAGUAAUGUAUAGAUUCUAGAUUGUAAAUUGACAACUUUGCAUUCCGCUAUUUUAUAUUAUAUGAAGCACUCAGAGCACCUACAGUUUUUCAACCGUACCUUGUUCAAUGUCUUGCAUAGUUCUUUGAAUCUAGCGUGUUUACUCAUGAUUGUUAUUUCUUUACGUAUCGAUGCUACCAUUAUUUCGUUAAUAGAAAGUAGAAUCAACCAAUUUGGUUGAGUUAUGUUCGUUACCAAUAUAUUGUAGAGCCUACAACUCCUUGAAACAUUGAAUUUUUCAUAAUAUCAUAAUCUACGACCUUUAGUUCAGACUAAUAAAUUCCUUAUAUCAUUUCUUCAAACAUACAAAGUACAAAAUUAAACAUUAAAUUUGCACAUUAGUCAGAGAACCUAGUCACAGAUUACAUCGUGCAUCUUUAAAUUCAUCUUCACGAACUCCGCAUCUUCAAUUCCAUACGACAUUCAAUUGAACUGCUAAGUUGUUGUAACUGAGUAUUAAUAUGUCUAAUAUUAUAUGCAGUUCUUGUAAAAUCUUUUUGCAGCCUGUAAUAAAACACCGAAAUUACACACAACUGUAUAAGGUUUACCAAAACUGCUGACUAUUGCUUUCUCGCCACAGUAAACGCAUAUAUUGCUGGCUGAAGAUAUUUAAGAACACAAAUGUGUGUGGCACUGUGUUCAACUCACGUAGGUUCACAGAUGAUUGUAGUUUUCUGCACUUACCAUGUAAUUUAAUAGAAUCAAAACCUAAAUCGAGUUGUUAAUUACGAAACCACUCAAUUCCCCCUAUGUUCCUCAACUUCUUUGUCAAUAACUAUGCAUACUAGUUCUGUAGGGUUUGUCGGUCUUUAUAUACAUAUUUUCAGCCAGUGCACUUGCAUCAGCGAUAGAUUAUUAUUAUUAUAUAUCCAUAAUUCGAUAAAUUUGGAAUUUUGUGAUUUUAUGAUGAAAUUUAUUUUUAAUCAAUAUACUCCGAAGAGAAUUUGUAUUUUUCCCAAUUGGAGAGUGGGCAAUAGUUGGUAGUUAUGUGUGGAUAGAUAUUUUACGCCUACCAAACUUAAUGUUAUAAACUUAUUUCACUACAAAGAUGGAUAACAGAUGGAGGAUAUCGCGGAGUCCCCAAUACGAUUGUUACAACUCCGCGACGAAUGAAAACCCUAUACGAGAUACCUCGUAAGCUUUCCAUAAUCCCAAAGUGAGCAUUUUUCCCGUUAUUUCUUAGUACAGUGAUGUUCCCUGCUGUUGUUAGCAUUUACAAACAACAUUAACGAUUUUCGUUAUACUCACACUUGAAAAUGAUUCGAAGAAUCUUAUAAUAUUCUCCGAUGGAUGUAGUAAUCUUGAGAUAUCUUGUCCAUUCAGAAAUGGGGUUGCCACAUAUGAAGUUAAGAAUCUUAACAAAUCUUCAGAACUGAGCGAUGCUUUUGAACAGCCAUGAUAUGAUGGUGUUAAGAAAACCCUUUUGUCAAAUUAUGUUUAUUCAACUGAUAUGGUUAAAUACUCCACAGAAUAUAUUAUGAAAUUAUGGUCAUACAUCUGUCAAAAUUAUUUCUGAAGAAAUAUGUUACGUUUAGAAAAUGGAUGAUAAAUCUAUUAAAAUGCCGAAGUCAUUGGCAUUUUGAACGUCUUCUGCAGCAACCCCAUUUAAAUGAAUAAAACUCCUUAGAGGUUGCUCUCUAGGGCGAUUUUCGUAACUUAACUUUAACUUAACUAUCGUACCUACUCGUUACUGUUCUUUAUAUUUAAACUGUUUUAAAUACCUCAUGGGAACUUUUUAAAAAAUAUUAAUUAAAUGUAAUAAACUAUUGCUAAUUUUUUUCUAUUCAUAUGAUAUACAAAUAACAUUUAAGUAUUGUUACUAUAAUUAAUCACAUUGAUUAUCUAUCAUUAUAUGAAUGUUUAUAAUUUAUUUUAUUAAAUAAAUAUUAUUUUCACUUUAAGGUAGUUGAUUCCGUUUUACAAGUAUAUUAGUUGAAGGUGCAGUUACUUUGUAAAUACUUAACAUGAUUGUAUAUACACAUCCAUUAUUAUGAUUACUAUAGAAAAAUAUAAAAAUUAUAUAUUUUAAUAUAUUGAAUAUGAUUAAUUACGUCUAAUUACAAUCCUAACGUUUAGUAUUGAAAUCCGCAUGGUACAAGAGAUAUUUAAUAAUAUUGUUGACAUUUCUGUAUACAGCAUAUUGUUGUAACGAUGAUAGAAUAAAAUUAAGAUCGUAAUAUAGUAAUAUUAUUAUUUCAAGAUUUUUUAUUUUUCGAGUCUUUAGUAUCUACUGCGCUGUGCACUUUAUUUUCAAAUUUAAUAUUCGGUUCGGAAACAUUACGAAUGCUAUUUGAUAUAAUUAUUGAUUUUUAUUGACAUGCACCUGUAUACAUGAAUUUGAUACAGUCAAAUAAUCAUCGCUUAAUAGUGUACCUCAAAAUGUAUUUUACUAUAGUUUAAUUUAAUUAGAUUAAUUAGCUCGGGCUAUAAAUAAAUGCAUCCGCACAGUGGUUAUUGUUUGUGGAAUAACUGAUAAACCUGUACGAGCUACUAAGUGUGCAAUUUAUUCUAUCAAUAGUAAAAUAGCUCAUUCUUGCAAGAUGUAAUUCAUAUUACUCUACUAGUCUACUAAUACAGUCUAGCUUAAAACACGAUAAUUGCGCUAUUCAAUUCACUUCAUUACAAUACUAAUCAACCGAAUUUCUAGGCCACUAGUAUACCAAA